AUGGUCAGAUUAAGCAAUCUCCAGGAUACAUUUGUCUCAACUAUUGAAACAACAUAAAACUUUGUCAUUUUACAAGUUGAUGUUCUUACAGGAAAUAUUCUGUCAUAGUAUACGGAAUCAUCACUCACAACACCAGAUAUAUUUAAUAUUCAGGAGUUAUCUUAUAAAGGCAAUAGAGUUUACUUACUAAUGCUAGAUGAAGUAAAUUAAAUUUAGAGUAUGAUAAGAUUCGAUCUAGUAAAUGGAAUCAUGAAAGCAUAAAGAAUUAGAGACACUAUUUAGUAAUCAAUGUUUUUAACUUUUGCUGUAUCUGGAUCCUAAAAUCUAUUUUUCUGGGCCGGUGUCUAUCAGCAUAAUAGCUAGCAUUAUCUUUCUAUAUAAUAGCUAAAAUCCACUCUAGAUACUAUUGGUUGGACAUUACUUUUUAGUCCAUAGUCUGAUAGAAAAUACUAUGUAAAAGUUUUAUACACAAAUCAAAGCUAGAAAUAAAUAUUUGGCUGUUCUGGCUUGCUGUAAAAUUACGUUGGGGCAAAUUAAAAUGAGAGAGAAUUAUUUUAUAUGACUUAUGGCUUACAUGGAGAGCAGCCUCUAACUGCAAAGCAUUAUAUCUUCUAGGCUGAUACAACUGGUGAAUGCUUGAAUAUCUAUUCUAGUGGUACAAAUCCAGCGCUAGUUCUUUUUCACAAAACAGACACUGAUACUUAAACCAUCUAAGUUGUAAGAAUCACUAUAACUGGAACUGUUACGUAUCAGAAAAUUGUAAAUUAAAUUUGGUUUGAUUCUGACUCUUGCCUGAAAAUUGAUGAAAACUUGCCUGAAAAUAUCAUUCCAAAUUUCGUUGAUAUUACAUAGACAUAUGUAGUUGAUAAUAAUUAAUACAUGUGCUUAUAAUUUUUGCAAGCAAACAAUCCUGAUAAUCUUUAAACUCCAAAAUGGUGUAUUCUAGCUAGAUCCUCCUUUAUCAGUGACAAAGAUUAUUAUAUUGGAGUUGAUUUAGAAUUAGACUAUAUUAUAGAUCCUUUUACUUCAAAGUGCCCUGGAGAUGAAUUCACUUAUUCUGCUGAAAAGUUUACAUCAUAAGAUCCAUCUAAUACAGCGCUUCCUUCAUUUGUACAAUUUAACGGAGCAAUUAGAAGAUUUUAAAUAAAGGCAGAAGAUAAUUUAUAUGCAGGAACAUACAUAUUCAAAGUAAUCGGAUAACCAGCUCUUUUGGCUGAUUCUACUUCAAGAAAGUUUUAGUUGUUUGUUCAUCCGAUUAUAACAACAACGACUCUGCCAGGCUAGACUACGACAGUCACGACUACUCCUGCACCAAAUCUUUAAAAGCCAUAAUUUGUUUCUGAUUUAGAAUAAGUUACUGCCUAUCUUGGUUAAACAAAACGAUAUAAUCUCCCAAAUAUCAUUAACCCACUUGGAAACGCAUUUUCAAUUAUAGCUACCUUUUCCUCAUCUGAUUCUGAUUUCAUAAAAUUUAUGAGCUCUUAAAAUGCAUUCAAGAUAAUUCCAACAUAGUAGUCUCAAUUGGGUAACCAUUUAAUCCAAAUCAAAAUUAGAGAUAAAGUUAUUCAGACUAUUUUCUCCAUAUACUACUUAAGUAUAACAGUAAAAGAAAAAAUUUAAUCAACCACAAAGCAGCCAACUGCAACAAUAGUUUCAACCUCAUCAAUGAAUCAAACUUAGAAUAUCACCAAUUCUAGCAGUAAUACAAAUAAAAGCACAAAUUCUAGCCAAAAUACCUCAAAUCAUACUACAUCUCAACCAUUAGAUUUAAAUGACCUUAAGUUAGAAGAUUUUUCUAUGAGUCCAUUAUCAAAUACUAAUUAUACAAGCAAGAUCCUUGAACUUUAAAAGAAAAUGAUAAAUAAAGAUACAUUUGAUGUUUAAUUCCAGCCAAUAAUCAGUAAAAUAGAUUAAACCGGCUUAGUAACAAUUUUAUUCGGGAAAACACUAGAGAUACCGGCAAGUUAUGAAUAUUUCAAUGAUAAUGUCAUCAUGAUUAAUUUGAUUAGCCAGAGUGGAAUAAUCUCAUCUUCAUAGAGAAUACUUUCAGAUAUUGCUUCUCAAACUUCGAAUAAAAAAAUGUUUACUUGGAAGGCAGUUGGAUUCACAUAAAAAGACAUGAAGAUCAAGUUAGUAUUUUAAUAUCCAGACUUAAUAUCAUAAGGAACAUCUAUUAUGGUGCAGCAGUACAGUGAAGAUACAACUUAUGCGUUUCAAAAAAUUUUAUUAGGAAACUUUGCCCUAACAAUGAUUCUUUCUGCAACGCUUCAAUAUCUAUGGGGAAUGAUAAAUGCGCUCCAAAUUAUUUUGCAUAUGCCUUUGAUGGAUGUUAAAUUUCCAUCCAAUACAAAGUUUGUAUUUGGAUAGAUUAUUUCAAUAUCUCAACUAGAUAUUCUACCAGAAGAGACUAUUUUAAAUUAUUUUUUCAGUUUCCCUUUAACUGGAGCAUAUAAUGAUAGAUUCCUAGAAAUAGAUAUCUUUUGA